UGCAUAUAGUUGGCCAAAAAUUAUAAAUGGCUAGCAUAGAGGGUUGGGGAAGAAGCCAAACUCUACAUAGCCUUGCCAAGCAGCUUGAGUUUUACAAACCUCCCUCCGCACCGGAUAAAUCCGAGGAUUAUAAUGAAAGCGAUACAUGCUUAAACUCCGGUAUAAGCUUCAACUCUUUAGCAGCCACAAAUGAAAAGUGUUCUUGUGUCAAGUUGAGAUUGAGAGAGAGAAGAGCGGCUGUACUGGUAUGCAUCUUUGAGGGUCCUGAGGGUGAGCUAAGAGUUAUUCUUACUAGGAGAUCCAUGAAUUUGGCAUCACACCCAGGAGAUGUAGCAUUGCCGGGAGGAAAAAUGGAGAAGGAAGAUGCAGAUGAAUCUGCAACAGCACAAAGGGAAGCCAUGGAAGAGAUUGGACUGAAUCCAAGUCUAGUUCAAGUUGUUGCAAAGCUAGAGUGCUUUAUGUCCCAGCAUUUGGUCUCCGUUGUCCCGGUGAUAGGGCUAGUAGCUAGAAUUGAAGAUUUCAAGCCUGUACUCAGCGCCGACGAAGUUGACGCCAUUUUUGAUGUUCCAUUGGAGAUGUUUCUCAAGAAUGAUAAUCACAGAUUUGAGGAGAGAGAAUGGAUGGGUUGGAAGUAUAUUCUCCAUCUUUUCGAUUUUGAAUCAGAGCAGGGGCCGUUUCUAAUAUGGGGACUAACUGCAAGCAUUUUAAUUCGAGCAGCCGCUGUUAUCUACCAGCAGCCUCCAUUCUUCCAAGGACACAGCCUCCCUGACUUCCAAGAAUUGCAAAGAGCCUUGCAUAGUGUGCAUAAUGUUAAACAUGAGAAUAAUAUAUAAUACUACAUAUGUUGGAGAAAAUAAAA